AUGCAGUGUACUCAACUAGUCGUCAUCGGUAUAUUGGUUGGAACAGCGAUAGCUCUUGAGUGUUUCACAGGCUUCAAAUAUUUAGCUGGACAGAGUGUGGGAACUUCAAAAGAAACAUGUACAAGCUCCAUGGAUUAUUGCUACAAUGCAACAGCUGAUUUGACACAGUUGAGUAAUGUGAAAGUGGCUGGAUGCUCCGCUGCUAGAUGUCUUUUGGCUCGCAAUAAAUGCAUUAAACAAGUUUUCGGUGGUAAAGAGGUACAAUUCUGUUGUUGUAAUACAGGAGAUCUGUGUAACUCAAAGAUGACGAAUUUAUCCUUUUUCGAGAAGACAAAACAGCGAGUGAAGGAUUGGACUAAGAUCCUUGGAUAG